AUGUUUCAGAUGUUACUGGCGCUCUUUGCGCUCGUACAUGCGGCAUCCGCUGCGGUGUCCUCCUUCAACUAUGUUCCCAUGGGUAGCAAUCCUACCCUCUACACACCUGGUUUCGAACCUAUCAUGCAUCUCGACCAACACACCUUCGCUGACACUGUCUUCGGUCAGGAUCAUGCUUUUCUCGUCGAAUUCUACGCAGAUUGGUGCGCGACACUAGUCGAGACAAUUCGUUGCCGUUCUUCGACAAUUCGCAAAUCUUGUUCGCGAAUGCGAAUUCGUGCUUUUACGUGGCUGGUGGAUCAACUGUGGCAGACACCGCUUCAAUGCCACAAUACAUGUCCGCGCGAAAAUUGCAAUCCAAUUACUACCCUAUGA